AUGGCUAACACGAUGAGGAAGAUUGUGAUUCUACACACUGACCAUCCUGCAGAGUGGACGGGCCCCUACGGGACCUUCGAUGAACUGGCAAUAAAGCUUCUACAGGAUACAAAACCCGCAGACAGUACGCACGAGUACGGCUACGAAGUGUACGACGCAUACGGCGGGGCACUUCCCUCGCUAGACUACAUACUUUCCCACGAGGAUUACUGCGGCGUACUGAUCACUGGAUCCCGAUACGAUUCCUUCGACACGGAGACCCGGUGGAUUGUCGAACUACGCAAGUUCGUACGCAGGUUACUCACCGCGACAGCCGCACCACCACUCGUCGGGAUCUGUUUCGGACACCAGAUCGCGGCACACGCCCUCGGCGCCCGCGUGGGGCGCAACCCACUCGGCUUCGAAGGCGGUGUCUCCCGCGUCACGCUCACUGCACUCGGCCGCUCGCUGUUCCACCGCGAGUCCCUGGACCUGUCGAUGCUCCACACGGACGCGGUGUUCGACACACCACAGGGCACCGCCAACUGGGGGGCCUCCCCACUGUGCGCCAUCCAGGGCCUGUACACGCCGGGGCGACUGCUCACGUUCCAGGGCCACCCAGAGUUCCCCACCGAACUCGCGCAACGAGGCUGCGAACACAAGGGCCACGUGACGGGGGCGGCGGCGGCGUCUUCCGCGGGAAACGACGGGUUCGGCGCCGCGGCGGACGGCAUCUGGGCGUUGCUGGAACCGCCCGCUGAGCGCAAAAUCUCGCAGUGA